CGAGGCCCGGUUCCCCAGGCUCGACCAGCGCCUGAGGAGGUAUGCUCCUUGAACGCUGGGCCUGUGCGCGCGCCCAGACACACACGUGGCUCCUUGAUUGGCCACGUGGUGUCUGCUGUUGGUGACGUGGCUGUCCAUGACGCGCGGACAGGGGUACCGCCAGCAGAGAUUGAAGACGACGAUAAACAUGGCGGCGCAGCACUUCGGGAACGAGAUGGAGGUGGAUGGGGAGUUGCAAUGUGGAGAUAGUUUUUACUACACAGAGAUCUACGAUAAUAAUGAUGACGUCGGGUAUGGAGAGGACUAUGGGCAUGAUGAGGUCGACGUGGCCAGCUACUUCGCAAACCUUUCCGCAGUCCACGUGGAGGGCGUGAUUGGUGACGAUGAGCAAGAAGAAGGAGACGUUGACAAUAGCGAAACAGGCGCGCUGGAGGACGAUGACGUCGUUGGCUACUUCGCGGCCUUCAAUUCGGUGUGUGGGGAGCGCACACCAGAAAGGGAUGAUAAGCGCAGGGAGUGGGAGUAUGGCGUUGGUGAAGUGAGAGGGUGGGACGUGGAGUGGGGGCAGAAGGCAACAGUGACACUACCGGUGACGACAACAGCACGCAUGUUAAUAUCAUCAUCUACAACAACAUCUCUUGAUGUUGAUGAUGUCCCUCAGCCUCAGUGGGAUGCUGAGGAGAGGGUUUAUAUUGCCCUCAAUGAGGAGGAGGGGCUGACCACUAUCACUGAGAUGGGGAUGAUGGGAGGCAACAAUGUCAGUAAGGGCGGGAAGGGUGUGCAGGUCGAGAAGGACAUCAACAACAUCGACAACAACGACGAAGACAACGACAACAACAGCAACAACAAUGACAAGGGCGAGAAGGACAUCAACAACAUCGACAGCGACGACGAAGACAACGACAACAACAGCAACAACAAUGACAACACGGACGUGGAUGAGGGUGGAAAGGGUGGAAAGGGUGAAAAGGGUGAGGAGGGUGCGAAGGAUGAAAUUGACAACAACAACAACAACAACAACAACAACAACAACAACAACAACAACAACAACAACAACAACAACAAUAACAACAUCAACAUUAAUAACAGCACUAAUGGCAACACCAAUAUCAACAAUCCAGACGACGGCGAUGGCAAUAACCAUGAGAGCAGCGGUGCUGAGAGGGGAGCUGAUGCAUCCAACUUCAGCAUCAUGGGGAAGAUGCUGCCAUCAGUGCAGUGGGAGGGAACCUGCUGCUUAUUAUGGAUGGUGAAUCGCGGCUUGAGGCUGAAGUUACGAUUCACCGUUCCUCUCCACCCUUGCAUGGCGUUUAUCCACGAUGAAGUGUCUCUUCAUUUCUGGCACCGGGUGGGGAUAGGAUAGGCAAUAUAUGCUUCGUACGAUUACUACCGAGC